ACUGCUUUUCUGACUCUCCAGCUGCUAAGAGACAGCGCCGAAUAUUUUUGUUCAAGCAGAAACAUGACCGCAACAGAGCAUUCUUUGAAAAUCUUACUGACAGACCCUACCUCCAGAGAAGGCAUGGAGGAGGGGAGAUCUGGUAAACAUCUCCAGAGAAAAUGUCUAGCAAUCAUAACUCCUGGAGCCUGUGUCACACUUCAUUGUUGCCUCAUCAUUAUUGUCAUCCUACUUAUAAUUGUGACGGUUCUUUCCACUUUGGUGGCAACGAGAAGAGCAAACCUGGUCCCCAAUGUUCUGUAUGUUACCUGCCCAAAAGGAUGGAUUGGAUUUGGAAAUAAGUGUUUUUAUUUUUCUGAAGACACAAGGAACUGGACAUUCAGCCACACGUUCUGUACUUUAUUAAAAGCUGAUCUUGCUCAGUUUGAAACUGAGGAGGAGCUGAACUUCCUGAAAAGAUACAAAGGCCCCUUGGAUCAUUGGAUUGGCCUUAGCAGAGAAUCAUCAUAUCAUGUUUGGAAAUGGACAGACAGCACUGAAUAUAAAGCCUGGUUUCCCAUCAAAGGAUCUGGGGAAUGUGCCUAUCUGGAUGACACUGGAGUUAGUAGCGCCAGGAGCUACACAGAUAGAAACUGGAUUUGCAGCAAGACAAAUAAUAAUGUCUCGUAUACUUGAAUACUUCAAGGACUUUUUACUGAAUUUCACACACCAUCUCCAAGAGAUGCAUUAUAAAGUGUCAUACACAUUUGCUGCUCUAUUGCUUGGCCUGCCAUAACAUCCCCAAUAUGCAUUUAUAGUAUUUAUUACUAGCAAAGGGGCAAACUAUCAUUGAAUAAUAUAAUAUAAGGACUUGGAAGAGCAUGAUUCUAAUUUAAGUAGGUGUUAAAUAAUAUGAUUUGAUAUUUAUAUUUUGAACCCAACCAAUAUGAAUGAAUUCCUCUUUCUCUACAGACAGCCCUUUAUUUGCACACAAAGGACCAUAAAAAUGACUAUGAUAGCUGAAGGCAUGCAAAAUGAUUUUAAUGACCAGUGAGAAGAGUUACAAUUGGUUAACACAUUCAAAAUUUUCUUACUGUCAGUUACAAAUAGA